GCAGCAGCAGCAGGCAGCUCCUCUGGGCGGACGCUUCCACUCUAACCACCGCCUCUUUCUCCAACUGCACUGGGACAGAUUUAUGCUCCAGCUUUUCUCAUUUAUGAGCUCCAGUCCACCCUCCGGGACCCCACUAGGACGGUGUGACCGCGUCAAUGAAGCGUGAAGACGGCAUGGGAAGCCCCGUGUACCCGAGAUGACCGACGGUUUGGUCCGAAUAAUCGCUUCUUUUUGUCGCCAGAGAGGGAAACUUAAAACAAGGCUUGUUUUUGGAGUUCCACCUCCCCUCCUCUCUCCCCGUAGGAUUUGAUUCAAAGGCGAAAACCAAGAUGGCCGCCGAUUCCGUGCAGGGGGAUGCCAGGGGCCAGCAGGUGGCGGAGCGACUGGGUCUGGGACACAACCUGGACCUGUCUGACACCAUGGUUCAGCAGAAGCUGGAUGAGAUCAAGGAGCAGAUCCGCCGCGAGAUCCGCAAGGAGCUGAAGAUCAAAGCAGGCGCCGAGAACCUGCGAAAGGUCACCACAGACAAGAAGAGCCUGGCCUUUGUUGACAACAUGCUGAAAAAAUCGAACAAGAAGGUUGAGGAGCUUCACCAGGAGCUGCAGGAGCUCAACGCCCAUAUCGUGGUCAAAGACCCUGAAGAACUGCUAGAAUACCCUUUGACCCCAGAUACUCCCAACAGUGAGGCGAGAACGUGCACCAGCAGCAGCCGCCUGGCCGCCCUUAAAAGACAGAAUGACAUCGAGCUCAAGGUCAAACAGGGCGCCGAGAACAUGAUUCUGAUGUACUCUAACGGGCCCUCCAAGGAUCGUAAGUUGCUAGCGACUGCCCAGCAGAUGCUUCAGGACAGCAAGACGAAGAUAGAGUUCAUCAGGAUGCAGAUCCUCAAGGCCAGCCAGGCCAGCGAGCUGAGCUUCGAGAGCAAUGACGUGAUGGACAAGCCCAUCAUUAGCCCGUUGGACCUUCGGGUGGAGGAGCUGUGUCACCACGCCAAGAUUGAGUCUGCUGUGGCAGAGGGAGCCAAGAAUGUCAUGAAACUGCUGGGCUCGGGAAAAGUCACAGAAAAGAGAGCACAUUCAGAGGCUCAGGCUCGUUUUAAUGAGUCCAGUCAAAAGCUCGACCUCCUGCGAUAUUCCUUGGAGCAACGCCUCAGCGAGUUGCCUAAAAACCACCCUCGCAGCAGCAGCAUCGUGGAAGAGCUGUCUCUGCUGUCCUCACCGGUCCUCAGUCCCCGAUCCAGCAUCAUCUCCACACAGAACCAGUAUAGCACCGUGACUAAGCCCGCUGCACUUACAGGCACGUUAGACGUCAGGCUCAUGGGCUGUCAGGACCUUCUGGAAAAUGUCCCAGGUCGUUCCAAAGCUGCAUCUGUCCCGUUGCCCGGCUGGAGCCCCAGCGAGACGCGCUCGUCCUUCAUCAGCCGAGCAAACAGAAACCGCGGCGUGAGCUCAAGGAACCUGACAAAGAGCGAAGAGCUCUCCAAUGAGAUCAGUGCCGUGUUGAAGCUGGACAACACAGUAGUUGGCCAAACAAGCUGGAAGCCAGUCAGCAACCAGGCCUGGGACCAGAAGUUUACAUUGGAGCUAGACCGGUCUCGUGAGCUGGAGAUCUCGGUGUACUGGCGUGACUGGCGCUCGCUCUGCGCUGUCAAGUUCCUGCGGCUGGAGGACUUCCUGGACAACCAGCGUCAUGGGAUGUGUCUGUACCUAGAGCCACAGGGGAUGCUGUUUGCCGAGGUAACAUUUUUCAAUCCUGUCAUUGAGAGACGACCAAAGCUGCAAAGACAAAAGAAGAUAUUCUCAAAGCAGCAAGGUAAAACCUUCCUGCGAGCCCCUCAGAUGAAUAUCAACAUCGCCACCUGGGGCCGCCUUGUUAGAAGAGCCAUACCAACUGUCAGCACUAACUCCUUCAGCCCGCAGGCGGCUGAGACUGGGCCCAGCAGCCUGCCUGGUUCACCCACACCCUGCAGUGACCCACUGGUGACCAAGCUCGACUUUGACAAAGAGCCCACCCCAGGACCCAAACACUACCCAGCACCUGAUGACAGCCAAGAGCCCCUGGUGCAGGACAAGAUGCCCGACAAGGAGGAAGUACAGGACGCUCUCGCCUCAUUUGACUUUUUGAACAAGAGGAACAGCAUUGCGGUGAGGCCAGACCUGGACCGAGCGGUGGAGCAGGAGAUGCAGCAUCCAGACCUGGAGCUCAUUUCCAUCCAGAAAGAAACAGAGAUAAGGGAAGAAGAGCAGUUCCACUUCAGUCUCCAGGACUUCAAAUGUGUGGCGGUCCUGGGACGUGGUCACUUUGGAAAGGUGUUGUUAGCAGAAUAUAAAAGCACAGGAGAGAUGUUUGCUAUCAAAGCGCUGAAGAAAGGAGACAUUGUGGCUCGGGAUGAGGUGGACAGUCUCAUGUGUGAGAAGAGGAUUUUUGAAACAGUCAACAGUGUCCGCCACCCGUUCCUGGUCAACCUGUUUGCGUGUUUCCAGACGCAGGAGCAUGUUUGUUUUGUCAUGGAGUACGCAGCGGGAGGUGACCUGAUGAUGCACAUCCAUGCUGACGUUUUCUCCGAGCCCAGGGCCGUAUUUUAUGCAGCCUGCGUCGUAUUGGGAUUGCAGUUCUUACAUGACCAUAAGAUUGUGUACAGAGAUUUGAAGCUGGAUAACCUGCUCUUGGACACAGAGGGCUAUGUGAAGAUUGCUGACUUUGGGCUUUGCAAAGAAGGAAUGGGUUUCAGGGACCGCACCAGCACGUUCUGUGGCACGCCAGAGUUUCUAGCGCCUGAGGUUUUGACUGAGACGUCGUACACUCGCGCUGUGGACUGGUGGGGGCUGGGUGUCCUCAUCUUUGAGAUGCUGGUUGGGGAGUCGCCCUUCCCCGGAGACGAUGAGGAGGAGGUGUUUGACAGCAUUGUCAACGAUGAAGUCCGCUACCCACGGUUCCUCUCGACAGAGGCCAUCUCCAUCAUGAGAAGGCUCUUGAGGAGGAGUCCAGAACGACGACUGGGAGCAGGAGAAAGGGACGCAGAGGAGGUUAAGAAACAUCUAUUCUUCAGGAACAUGGAUUGGAACGGACUGUUGGCUAAGAAGGUGAAGCCGCCGUUCGUGCCGACUAUUCAGGGCGCCAACGACGUCAGCAACUUCGACGAUGAAUUUACCUCAGAGGCUCCGAUCUUAACCCCGCCCAGGGAACCCCGACCGCUGAACUCCGACGAGCAGGACAUGUUCUCUGACUUUGAUUACAUUGCCGACUGGUGUUAGCUUCCCCUGACCCCCGUCUACACACACACACACACACACACACACACACAUACACACACUGUGAACCAACACAGCAAAGACUGUAGCUCACAUCAUUUUUAAAACUCUUCCUUGCCCAAAAUGUUGAGGAGGAGCAACGAACGCGGCUCCCCGAGCCUUCGGGCAAAAACUCUGUGCCAUUGAGGAGAAAGUCCAGAAGCCUCCAGAGGACCCCCACUUAUUUUUUAAUCCACAUGAAGAACUUUUUUUUUUUUUUUUAUU